CCUAUUGACAAAAAAAAAACUGUUGACAACUGCCAGAUAGUCUGACAUUGAAAAUGUCAGAAAUCAUAAAUUCGGGAAAGUGUGAACAAAAAGUUCAUAUUCUUCUGCUUUAGGUGGCGGUGGUUCAUACUGCUAUCCAUAAACCGAAUUCGGAGUCAAAAUAACCAGAUUUUUGUUGACCAUUAAUUCGCCUGGUUCUUAUUAUAUCGUUGAUCGCUCACUGAUUCGGGCUGAACAGCCGUGGAGCUCCAGGUCUACACGAUGGGACUGCUAGAGCAGCUGAAGGACAAGGGAUGGCAUUUGCUGCCGGCCGGACUUGAGCGGCUGCUGGAAGGCGGAGUGACCGGAACAACCGUCGACGUGAAUCAAGCUAUUAAGCUGGCGCUGGACGUCGAUUUGAGGGAAAUUGGAGGCGGAGCUCUGAGCUCGAUCAGCUCCCGAUUGAGCAAAGCUGAUUCAAUCGACGGGAACAUAGUUGUUCAAAUAUUGAAAAUAAGAAAUAUUUCCGCUCCCAAAAGCAAUGAGGAAUCUAAGGUUGCGCCUCGUCUCCUCAAACUGACACUCACGGAUGGGCAAACUCAGUAUUCGGCCCUGGAGGGUGAACACAUUUCUGCGAUAAGUCUGGAUACACCACCGGGAACAAAGAUCUAUCUGAAGAACGGCCCGAUUAAGAUAACUCAGGGUUUACUGAUUCUAGCCGCUGGUAAUGUUUCAGUUUUGGGUGGCAAAGUUGCGUCUUUGGCGGAGAAAUGGGAGUUAGGACGGGCCAUGGCCAAAUAUGCCAAAGGAGGACGAAUUCAACUGAGUGCUAACGGACCUCCACCAUGGAUUCCAUUUGGACAAAAGAUUCAGCAGAGUAUCUCAAACGACAAAAACUUUAAAAGCUUGCAAACCAAGGAAAAAGAUGACUCCAAAGAGAAUGCCGAAUUUACGGCGCUUAGGAAUGAUGCCAUUGCCGAGGCGACCAAGCUUGGCACGAAGAAAACUUUCGGUGGAGGUGCAAAACAGUUGGUUGACGCAAAUGUUCAGAAGAUAAUGGACAAAGGUUUCACUGAAGACCAAGCCAAUCAUGCCCUGAAGCUUACCCGCAACAAUGUACAUCGAGCUUUGAGUAAUCUUCAAAGAAUAGAAGACCGGAAACAGGUGCAAAAUGAUAUUAAAUCUGGUAAGAUAGAACCUCCUCAACGACAGGGUAAACGAGGAUUGAAUGGAAAACGAGAUUCCGAAUCGGAUGCGGGAUCUAAGCCUUCAGCGAAGGUGUCCCUGUUUGAUUUCCUUGAGGAUAUACUUCCCGAAAGUGACGCAGCAAACAAGAAGAGUACCAGUAAAGAAACAACACCAAUUAAUGGAAAGGAUAGUAAACAGAGUACAGACAUACAUUCUAGCAAGGUUCCGCCGAAUAAUUCAUACUCUGGAAGCUCUAACAUUCGAUCAUCCAACUCAAUAUCUAGUGGCAGUGCAUCCAAUCAGCAGCAAACAAGCGUGUCAUCACAAUACAACAGCGCAAGUAAAAGCUUCAAUCAGCAGCGUUUUGAAAACAACAUUUCGAGCAGUUUUGCCAACAGGAAUUCUCACAAUGGUCCAAACAGUAGAAAUUACAAUCAGUUUCAGUCACAAGACCAUAAUGCCAACCAUUCUUCUGGUACUAGACAAUUCGCAGAGUAUAAUAAUAACCGCUAUCGCGGGUCAACCAAUGCAGCGAGCGCAGACUAUGAAUCGUACCCUCGAAGUCGACAAGAUUCAAAAUAUAACCACUCUCAAUCGUCGUACAAUUCGUAUCAACAGCACUCGCACUACAAAAGUGACAAUAUGAAUCCGGGGACGCAAGGCAACAAAUUUAGUUCCAACACAAACAACAAUGGGAAAUUUCAGCAGUUCAAUAGCGGUCACAAUUCGAACACGGAGUCAGAUAGUAAAGCUGGCCAAUUUAACAAUAAUCCGGGUGAUCCGAAGCAUCCGAGGGCGAAGUCGAAUCCCUAUCAGCAACAACAACAAUCUCAUCCAACGCAGCAGGGUUUUCAUUCUAGCAACAAACCAGUGCAGGGUUAUACUAACCCUAGCAUUAACAGCAACAGCAGUGAUUCGGGUUCUCAUUACGGCAACACAAACAAUCAUCAUCAUGCGCAGCCAAAAAUGGGCAACCAUAAUAACAACAACCACUUUGAUAGUGGCAAUAGUGUCAAUGAUUCGAAGCCCCAAAAGGGUUCCCGGUAUGGCAGGCAAAAUGUGCAGCAUAUCUCAGGUCCUCUACCAAAUGGUAACGCUACAAAUGCUAGACAACCGACCCCAAAGGCGCCUCAUUUACCUCAAUCACAAGUCCCCGGAACUUCACAUAACGAUGACCACCAGUUUGUUGGUGGUAACAAGCAUAGUUAUACAUCACAUGACGGUACCGUCAAUAAAAUGGCUCAGCUUACGCAAGCUACCGCGAACAUGCAAAUAAGUAACAAGCAUUUCAGCAACAAUGCCCAAACCCCAGUCGUAUCGAAGGUCCCCCAUGGUCAAACAAACCGACCAACGGGUCCUACGACACCACCAUCUGCGACGGCGAUGACUCCAGUAGUACAGAAAAACUAUAUCCAGCUGCCGAACGGAUUCAACUAUAAUCCGUACCAAAUCAUGGGUUUUCAGAACAAGCAAACCAACGAGUUUGCGCUGAAUGUACUGAAAAGCCAACAGUUUGAUGCGAUGCAAACGGGACAUUUGGCCGCAUCACCACCGGGAGUGCCAAACGUGCAAGCUCCAAUACCACCGGGUGUUACCAUUCCAUCGCCGACCGCCGUGGUUCCGUCUGCCCCAAUUCUUCCAGUAAUUUCGCCAGCCACCACAGCUGCGCUUCCGGUUUGGAAGGUUGGUGAUCGAUGUCUUGCCAAGUAUUGGGAAGAUGGAGGGUUCUACAAUGCUGAAAUAACAGGAAUCUCCGAGAAUACUUUCGUCGUUUGCUUUCUCGAGUAUGGGAACUUCGAGGAAGUUCUCAAGACCGACUGUAUACCACUGACUCAACCCGCUCCGUCGGCUCCGACAGCGAUGGGCUUCCACCCAGCGUCAGCCGCCCAUCUACCACAUCCUGGUGCGUCCAUCAUGCCUCAACCAACGCUUCCAAACGCUGCUUAUAUGGCCCAUCAUGGGACAGAUAAUCUAACCGCGUCGCAACAUUUCAAUCAAGGCUUCAAGGCCACAACGAGUCAUCAGUACCCGCAUCAUCCGCCGAUGCAUCAUGCAGCACACCAACAGCAAAGGCCUUCCAAGUUUCGAGAACAGCGACCCAUGUAUGUUCCGCCGGCACAAAGGAAAUAAUGUCCGUCGGCGGUAUCCAUCAAUAGUAGUGCUAUAAAUUGUAUCGUGAGAAGCAACCACGAAAAUCAUCGCAUCGUUACUGUUGGACAUGGUUUGUCCCUAAGCACAGAACAUUUGCUUUUUGUGUGAUGGAUUGUUGUAUGAACGUGAACGUGACAUGAUUUGACAGUAAGAUAAAUUUAUUAUGGACUAUUUUCGUACUGUUCUUUUUUCUUGUUUAUUUGUAAAAAUGUUAGAUAUUUUUGAAGGAAAAAUAGGAAAGAUUUAUAUGAAACAUGAUCGGUACAUGUGUACGUGUUUUGGAAUAAUAUUUGUGUUACAAGUUCUCCACUGAUUGUGGCUUCAUCUGUAAGAAUAAAAGUAAUAACUUUAUUGUAGAAAUCCAA